CCAUGGCCGUACCUAUUGCAGUUCUUGACUGCGACCUCUUGCUCUAUGGCCGCGGACACAGGACUUUGGAUCGUUUCAAGCUGGAGGAUGUCACGGAUGAGUAUCUAGUAUCCACAUACGGCUUUCCCCGACAGUUCAUUUACUACCUGGUGGAUCUCCUGGGAGCCAGUCUCUCUCGCCCUACGCAGCGGUCCAGGGCCAUCAGUCCAGAGACACAGAUACUUGCUGCAUUGGGUUUCUAUACCUCUGGCUCCUUCCAGACUCGCAUGGGCGAUGCUAUUGGCAUUAGUCAAGCCUCCAUGAGCCGCUGCGUUGCCAAUGUAACUGAAGCAUUGGUGGAAAGAGCCUCACAGUUUAUUCACUUUCCUGAGGAUGAAGCUACUGUGCAGAGCCUGAAAGAUGACUUUUAUGGGCUGGCAGGCAUGCCGGGAGUGCUGGGGGUGGUUGACUGCACCCACGUGGCAAUCAAAGCGCCAAAUGCUGAGGACCUGUCCUAUGUAAACCGAAAGGGUCUCCAUUCUCUGAACUGCCUGAUGGUGUGUGAUGCCAGAGGAGUCCUCCUGAGUGCGGAAACGCACUGGCCAGGCAGCCUGCCUGACUGCAGGGUGUUACAGCAAGCAGCCCUUACAAGCCAGUUUGAAACUGAGCUACAUAAAGAUGGCUGGCUACUUGGUGACAGCUCCUUCUUUCUCCGAACGUGGUUGAUGACCCCUCUGCAUAUCCCUGAGACACCUGCUGAGUAUCGUUACAACAUGGCGCAUUCUGCCACUCACAAUGUCAUUGAGCGGACGUUCAGAACCAUUCGGUCACGUUUCCGCUGCCUGGAUGGGUCCAAAGGCUCCUUGCAAUACUCUCCAGAGAAAUCCAGCCACAUCAUUCUGGCCUGCUGUGUGCUCCAUAACAUCUCCCUGGAACACGGGCUGGAUGUGUGGUCUUUGCCAGCCACAGAACACAUGGAGCAACCGGAAGAAGAGUAUGAGCAAAUGGAAUCAAUGGACUCAGAAGCCUGUCGUAUUCGUCAGGAGCUUUUACUUACUCAUUUUAGCUAA